AUGGAUUCCCAACAGGACCUGAGCCUCUCUGGCAUGUGGGUCUUGCUGUACUUUGGUUUCCUGGGGCUGUGCUCUGUGGUCACGGGCAGCUGCAUUCUCUUUCUUCACUGGAAGAAGAACCUGCGGCGGGAAGAGCGUGCCCAGCAGUGGGUGGAGGUGAUGAGAGCUGCUACAUUCACCUACAGCCCACUGCUGUACUGGAUAAACAAGCGACGUCACUAUGGCAUGAAUACAGCCAUUAAUACCGGCCCUCCUCCUGCUGCCACCAAGAUGGAGACUGAAGUCCAGAAUCCAGAUUCUCUGUGGGAGAUGGACAUCCCAGAAGGCAGAGCCUAUGUGGUCCCAGAGAGCAGUCCUAGGGGUGAGGCUCCUGGCCCCCCACAACCUGCUCUUGUGGUCCCACAGCAGCCCCUUUCUUCCCCAUCACAGCCCCAGACCAGCUCCCCACUCCCAAUUCCCAUCUUUCAGGAGGUGCCUUUUGCUCUGUCCCUCUGCAACCUACCUCCUAUGCUGAACCACUCUGUAUCCUACCCUCUGGCCAACUGUCCUGAAAGGAAUGUCCACUUCCAUUCCUUACCCACACUGGCCCACAGGGGGAACUGCUUCAACGCCAAGCCUUUUGCUUCAGAACUGUAGCUUCCGCUCGAUGAAGGUGGGGCUGCAGGGACCAGGGGGCAGAGUAGGAAAUGGAACUAACUUCAAGGUGGUUA